AUGAGCCCGGAAAUCCGCGGCAUCUCCAUCCUGGGAGCGACGGGUUCGAUCGGUUCCACGACCCUCGAGGUGGUGGACCGGUUUCCCGAGCGGCUUCGGGUUGCCGGGCUCGCCGCCGGCCGCUCGACGGAGCGGUUGGCAUCCCUGUGCGAGCGCUAUCGGCCGGACCUGGUGGCGCUCAGUGGUGAGGAAGAGGCGGAAAAAUUCGAGGGCGCCUAUCGGUGCCGGCUGCCGGGCCUGGAAAUUGAGGGUGGACCCUCGGCCCUUGAGCGGGUAGCCACCCUCCCGGAUGCGGGAUUCGUCAUGUCGGCUAUCGUGGGCGCGGCCGGGCUUCGGCCGACGCUGGCCGCGCUCCGGAGUGGGAAGGUGGUGGGUCUCGCCAACAAGGAAUCCCUGGUGGCCGCGGGGGCCGUGAUGACCCGCGCCGCCGCAACGUCCGGGGCGCGGCUCAUCCCCGUGGAUAGCGAGCACGCGGCGAUUCACCAGUGCCUCGCCGACCGGUACGAUCCCGUCCGCCGCAUCUGGCUGACGGCUUCCGGUGGUCCGUUCCGGACCGCCUCGAGCCUCGAGAUCGCCGAAGCGACUCCGGAAACCGCGCUCCGUCAUCCGACGUGGCGGAUGGGGCCCAAGAUCACCAUCGAUUCCGCCACCAUGAUGAACAAGGGCCUUGAGAUGAUCGAGGCUCGCUGGCUCUUCAAUCAGCCGCCGGAGUCAAUUCGGGUAGUCGUGCAUCCGCAGUCCGUCGUGCACUCCAUGGUCGAGUUCGAGGACGGUUCGAUCCUCGCCCAGCUCGGGGUUACCCACAUGCGCACGCCGGUGCAAUAUGCGCUUACCUGGCCCGAGCGCCUUCCGACCGGCCUCGCCCCACUGCCGCUCGAUCAGCCACUCGAUCUCCGCUUUGAACCUCCCGACCCGGAUCGCUUUCCGUGCCUCCGCCUCGCCGCCGAGGCGCUGGCUGCGGGAGGUGACGCGCCCGCGGUAUUGAACGCGGCGAACGAGGCCGCGGUGGAGGCUUUUCUGGACCGCCGGCUUUCGUUUCCCGGGAUCCCCGCGGUCGUCGCGGAGACGCUGGCCGCGCGUUCGCCGACAGAACCGAACGACCUCGAAGGAGUCGCCCGGGCCGAUGCCUGGGCACGCGCUUUCGCCCGGGAACUCAUCGCCGAUCGGGCGCUGGCGGCUACCGGUUAG